CCUACCAUCACCACCACUACACUACUACAACGCCAUGUCUCCGAACUUCCAAAUCCCUAAAAUCCAGAAGGCCGCGAUUGUCGAGGCGACCGACGCACCGCUCAAGCUCGUCGACAACCACCCCGUACGUCAACCCUCCGAGCUCAAGCCCGGCGAAUGUCUCGUCCGCCUUGAAUGCAGUGGUGUCUGCCACACCGACCUGCACGCACGCAAAGGCGACUGGCCUUCCCCCGCCAAACUCCCGCUCAUCGGAGGUCAUGAGGGUGUCGGCCUCAUCGUUGCGAUUGGCGAGCACACCCAGGACUCCCCCGUAAAGCUGGGCGACCGUGUCGGCAUCAAGUGGUUGGCCUAUUCGUGCCUUGACUGCGAGCAGUGCAGAAAGGGACUCGAGCAGAGUUGUCCGAACAACUUGUGCAGUGGCUUUACCACCGAUGGAACGUUCAGCCAAUAUGUUGUGUCUUGGGUCCGCCAUGUCACGCCCAUCCCCGAGAACUUGGAAAGCUUUGAGGCUGCGUCCAUCCUAUGUGCUGGUGUCACCGUCUACCGUGCGCUGAAGUACUCGCAAGCACACAUCGGUGACUGGAUCGCUUUGCCGGGUGCUGGUGGAGGACUCGGUCACCUCGCCAUCCAGUAUGCUACCUCGAUGGGUCUGCGUGUCGUCGCCAUUGACACCGGCGAGGAGAAACGCAAGCUGUGCGAGCAGCUCGGCGCGGAGAAAUGGGUCGACUUCCGCGAGUCAAAGGACAUCGUGAAGGACAUCAUCGCCGCGACCGACGGCCAAGGCGCGCAUUCGGCCGUCGUGACUGCAGCGACGGGCGCGGCCUACGCGCAGGCGGUCGACUACCUGCGGAACGGCGGGACGCUGAUGGUCGUCGGGCUGCCGGCGCACGCGUCGCUGAGCGCAGAUAUCUUCUACACGGUCACGAAGAGCAUCAGCAUCCUUGGGUCGUACGUCGGGAACCGGCAGGAUGCGCGCGAGGCCCUCGAGAUCGCGUCGCGCGGGAAGGUCAAGUGCUUCUUCCAGCGCCGCACGCUGGCUGAGCUCACAGAGACGUACGAGGGCCUUGAGCGCGGCGAGAUCGUUGGACGUAUCGUCCUCGACAUGCAGGACUGAGCGGUCCGCCUCCAGCGCCACGACUCGGCCAAAACGCGGCUCUAAGGCUAUGUAAUUUCACCCUGUACACCAUCCCCGCUUCUUGUGACCUCCGCCUAGCCUAAUCCUGUAGCAUCAGCCGCGAGUGGACUUGUACGAUAGACGGCGACGAUUUGUUGUUUGAAUGCGAUAGUGGAUGCCUUUCUGCGGAGAUCUAGACACGAUUGCAGAAUAGAAUCGACCUCUAAAACUUCAAUUUUGUCGGUAAAGCUUAUCUGUGUGGCCUCGAAACGACUGUUGCCGCACUGUUGAACGCCGACGAGUCUAGAUUGUCACGGUCGCAUCUGGAGGCGGGUCCCCUCGUCCAGGCCAGAUCGAGC